UAAGUAUCCCCCCAUAAGGCUCCAAUGAUCUUAGCUAAAAUGAGUUUUCUUUCAGCUUACCCAAACUCUGUCAUAGCUGGACUCGUUGCCGUUGUUCUUCUUUUCUACUACCGUGUAAGGAGGUCCAGAGUUGGCUGGGCCAAAAUAGCACCUGUCGCUGUGGGUGCAUGGCCUAUAAUUGGUCACCUCCCUCUUUUGGGAGGAACAAAGUCUCCCCACUUAAUGUUGGGAGCCAUGGCUGAAAACUACGGACCAAUUUUCACUAUCCAGCUUGGUUUGCAACGUGCUUUGGUAAUUAGCAGUUGGGAGAUGGCCAAGGAGUGCUUCACCACUAACGACCUGGCUGUUUCCUCGCGGCCCAAGCUUGUAGCCGCUAAACACUUUGGCUAUAACUUCGCCUUGUUCGGCUUCGCGCCCUAUGGUUCCUAUUGGCGUGAAUUGCGUAAAAUAGCCACCUUGGAGCUACUAUCUAACCGUCAGCUUGAGCUUCUUUCCUACAUUCGAGUCUCCGAAGUCGAGACCACCUUACAAGAGCUAUACAAACUCUGGACAAAGAAAAAGAACGAGUCAGGCCAGAUUUUGGUGGAGUUGAAGCAGUGGUUUGGGGACAUGAAUCUCAACUUGAUUCUUAGGAUGGUUGCUGGGAAGCGCUACUUUUCUGCCAGUGCAGUGGCUGAUGAAGAGGAGGCGCGACGUUGCCAAAAGGCAUUGAAGGCAUUCUUUGAUUAUCUUGGGUCUUUUGUGGUGUCGGAUGCCAUUCCUUACCUUGGGUGGUUGGAUUUGGGUGGACAUGAGAAGGCCAUGAAGAAAGCUGCAAAAGAAUUGGAUAGUAUUUUUGGGGAAUGGUUGGAAGAGCAUAAGCGUAAGAGAGCAGAGCUAGCAGGUGAGGCUAAAUUGGAGCAAGAUUUCAUGGGUGUAUUGCUUUCUGUCCUUGAUGGCAAAGACAUUGCUGGUUAUGACGCUGAUUCGAUCAACAAAGCCACAUGUCUGAAUUUAAUUGCAGCAGGCAAUGACUCCAGCACGGUUACCCUAAUUUGGGCGAUAUCGCUAUUGUUGAACAAUCGGCGAGUGUUGAAAAAGGCCCAAGAUGAGCUUGAAGUCCAAGUGGGCAGGAAAAGAGCCGUAAAUGAGACGGAUAUCAACCAGCUGGUCUACCUCCAAGCCAUCGUCAAAGAGACAUUACGUUUAUGUCCACCAGCACCCUUAUCAGCACCGCGUGAAUUCAGUAAGGAUAGCAUCAUAGGUGGCUACCAUGUCCCAAAAGGCACUCGGCUAAUCACCAACAUUUGGAAAAUCCAAAUAGAUCAACGUAUAUGGUCCGAUCCAUUGGCAUUCGAGCCGGAAAGAUUUCUCUCCACCCAAAAAGAUGUUGAUGUUAGGGGCAAACAUUUUGAGUUAAUUCCAUUUGGAAGUGGUAGAAGAGUUUGCCCAGGAAUAUCUCUUGGCCUUCAUAUGGUGCACUUAGCACUUGCUAGUUUCUUACACAUGUAUGACAUCUCAACUCCUUCGAAUGCACCGGUUGAUAUGACUGGGAGCCCUGGAUUAACGAACUUGAAGGCCACUCCACUUGAAGUCCUCAUCACACCGCGCCUACCUUCUAGGCUUUAUUGAUUAAUGACCGUCUGAUAGAAGUACUGUAAUGAUAGAAUUCUCAUAUUAUGAAUAUGCAUAUUACUAGAAUCAAUAAUAAUUGCAUAUUAUUGCAAUCUCUUUGUUA